UUUGUUAUCAGAUGACCCAUAAUGCAAUGGGUCUCUGUGUGCGAUAGUGUCAUAAGGAAUAUUGACUACGGUGAAACAUUUAAGUUUUCCCGUUACCGGUGGAUAAGGAGCAUAAAGCUAACUGAGGGGUCAAAGCUGUUAAAGUGUGGCAGAAAAAAAACAACGAACGGCUGGGUUCCCCGGACCCAGCGCACCCUUCGCCGGCUGCAGAGUCCCUUUGACGGGGUCUCAGUUGCCACGACGAUGAGGCCCGAGGGAGACGACGCGGCCGUGGCUGCAGUCAGCUCCAAACUUUUUCGGUGUGCUUGGGUGAGGCGUUGGGUACCACUGGCCUACAGAGAGGAACUCUACCAAGUCUUACGGCUCACGGGUCCUCUGGUGGUGUCUCGGUUUCUGAACUUCCUCCUGCCAUUUGUUAUCAGCAUAUUCUGUGGGCACAUUGGCAAUUCAGAACUGGCUGGAUAUGCACUCGCCUCAGCGAUCAUUAACACGACCACAGCUUCAACGGGCAACGGCCUCGCCUUGGCCUGUGACACACUCAUUUCUCAGACGUACGGCGGUAGGAACAUGAGACGUGUGGGAGUAAUCCUUCAAAGGGGUUCAUUGAUCUUGCUGUUGUUUUGUUUGCCCUGUUGGGCUCUUCUCAUCAACACUCACAACUUGCUGCUCAUGUUGCACCAAGACCAUGAGGUGGCGAGAAUUUCCCAAAUCUACGCAGUGGCCUUUAUUCCAGCUGUUCCAGCCAUGUUUCUGCAAGAGCUUCAAGUUUCCUACCUACAAAACCAAGGGAUCAUUAUGCCUCAGUUGUACACAGCAGCAGCAGCAAACGUCUUUAAUGUGGGGGCCAACUACGUCUUAAUCUACAGCCUUGAGUUGGGAGUCCUUGGAUCAGCUAUAGCUCACGCCCUUUCUCACAUAUCCAUGUUCCUGCUGCUGUUUGGCUACAUCCGAUGGAAGAAGCUGCAUCAGCAGACAUGGGGAGGCUGGUCCACCGACUGUCUGCAGGAGUGGGGCUCCUAUAUGAAGCUGGCUAUUCCCAGUGUAUUCAUGAUCUGGUUUGAAUGGUGGAUCUGGGAGGUUGGAGGUUUCCUUGCCGGUAUACUGGGAGAGGUGGACCUGGCGGCCCAGCAUGUGUUGUUGGAAAUAGGAGCUAUAAUAUGUAUGUUCCCUCAAGGUGUCCAUGCAGCUGCCUGUGUGCGUGUUGGGAAUGCUCUGGGUGCUGGGAACACUUCCAGGGCCAUAGUCACUUGCAAAGUAGUGCUGGUUCUAUCAGGAAUGCUUGCUGUGUUCCAGGGCAUUGUCCUUGCUGGCUGUAAGUCCGUCGUUGGCUACAUAUUUACAUCCGAUGAAGAAAUUGUGGCGAUUGUCUCAGAUAACCUCACAGUCUACACAUUUGUGCAGUUUUUUGAUAAUCUUCUGUGUGUCUGCUCAGGCAUUCUUAUUGGAUCUGGAAUGCAGAAAAUAGCUGCCUUGUCCAACCUGGUGUCUUACUACUUCAUCGGUCUGCCAGUGGGAAUAGCUCUGAUGUUUGCUGCCAAGCUCAGAAUAAUAGGUUUGUGGCUCGGUAUCUUAACAUGUGUUGUCUUGGAGACGGGUUUCUUCCUCAUUCUAAUCUUCAAACUAGACUGGAAGGAAAUUACGUUAAAGGCUCAACGGCGAGCUGGAAAGAAAGUUGUGUUGAUAACGAAGCGUCCUGUUAGUGCAGCGAUCUCUUACUGUCCUGAUGAAGCCCAGUUGGAGGGUGAAAGAGCUCCUGAAGCGGGGGGCUACGGUCCAGUCAACACCCAGGAUCAGGAGCUGGAAGGCGGACACGAGACUGAGGCCAACGACACAAAUACAGGACGACCUGUAGGGGAGGAUGAAGGGAGCCAGAAGACCUCAAACACCAAACCUUCAGUGCUGCUCUCCGUCCCUGAGCUGAUCUUGCGCCGUGGACUCAUCUUCUUGGUUUCAGCUCUCAUUUUGGCCAUAGGUGUGGCUUUUCACAUCGCGGUCCCUGUACAGGAGCCCUCCGUCCAGAGCAGGGCCAACUUUACCCAGAACUGGACUAAUGACUCAAGUCCCACACCACUGGCCCCACAGGACCUGACCCCAAGCGGCUGAGCCUUCUCUGACCUCUGAAUGUAGAGAGCUAGCAGCUGAACACAUUUCUCACAAACUUUGGAUAUUCUAGUGAGAAAAAUGUUAAAUGUAUACUACAUGAAGAACUGAGUUGUUAUUAUAUAAAACUGCAGGCAAAUAUAAGAUAUUGGAUUUGAAUUGUGUGAAGUAAAAAAGGUCUCAUUACUGCACUGUUCAGCAAAUCCACAAAAAUUAGUAAUUUAGUAAAUCAAAUGAGAGGCUGACAAGAUAAGCAAGAUGCUAAACUGGAAUUACAAGACACUCAAUAAACUCCCUGACUAAAACAAAAUGAGGACAUCAUGAAAUAGAUAUUUUUCUUUCUCUUCGGCCCGCUACCAAGUGUUCUGCGAACCGGUGUCUGGGGACCCCGUCUGUAAAGGAUGAGUUUAAAGAGCUUUAAUAUUGGAUUCACAUUAGCCAGGUGACUUCGAAUCAUUAAUAAUGCCAACAAGUUUGCCAUAUCAACUUAGUUGAUGAUAUGUUAACUUCUUUCCCUUUUAAUGCAUUUGUUAGACAGCCAGCUACCAACAAACACACACAUCCACAUGUGACCUUUCACCUUCUUGUGGAGCAUGCAUGUGUAAAAGGCCCGUUGCUCUGUUGUGAUGUUUGCAGAGCGACAGCGUCAUUAUUUUCAGUAAGACAAAAACUGUUUCACUGAUUGAGAUUGCAAUGUUACAAAAUUGAUGAAAAGGCCAAAUUUCUAAAAAGUUAAACAUUCUCUUUUGUAUUUUUGGUUAAUUUAUGACCUGUGAACAAACCUAAAGUGAGACAUUUACUAAUGGCAUGGGACGUUGUUACGUAAUAAAUUAUUAUAGUUUCAUAUCAAAUGUAUUUUGCAAAUUAUAUAUUUCAUUUUAGUUUGAACUGGUACUCCUUUUUUUAUAAACCUUUUUAAGUUAGCUUUAGCUUACUAAACUAGAUUUCUCCAAAGGUUGGCUUUGUUGCAGUUCAAAUUCUUCUUUUUAGAAGGUAUUGAUAGCUUGCAAUGCUUUCAAAGUAGCCGUAUUUACUCAGGCCUGGUGUUCUUAUGGUGUUUCCAACAGUCCUCCCUCUGUUACUCACUAGAGAGAGGCACUGACCAGCUGGAAAAGUUUUUUCAGCUGCAAGUAGGAGACCUAUAAAACCUACAUUGUACAACUUUUUUCUAAAAUAAAAGUCAAUAUACAGUACUUGAUUUGGUCAUCGCUUGUGCAAAUAUUCUAUCACACUGCUUUUCCACUUCUGUAUUUAAAGUUGGUCAAAUGUUUUUUAAAACAUCAAACGCUUUGCAACUUGUUGGAAAAACUGUAAUAAUAUUCAACCUUAGUACGACAGAAAUUCUGUGCUCUUUCACAUGGAAGCACAUGGUGUUUUGGGUCGAUCAUCUUGUGGUGCCAAAGAUGAUCGUCUACAUCCAAGGUCGACUACCAGCACUUGAGUUUCACUCAGAGCCCCUCCCUGUUUCAGCAUGUUCAUCUUCUAACUACUGUAUACACUC